GAAAAUAGUAAAGAAUAAUAAAAUAGUAAAAAUUUAUGUUUUUCAGUUGUAAAUAAUUUAAAUAUUUAAAAUAAUUUAUAUGAUUUUACUUAUUUCUUUAUUCAUUUUAAAUUUUAGUGAUCAAUAAAAUAGAUUAUCAAAUUUCAUAUGAUGAUGAUUAGUGCGAGAAGGAUUAGAUAACUAAAAUUCUCAGAUGUUCUAUUAGAUUCGGAAAUGUCUCUUUUUAUUAUUUGUUUAAUUACCCUAAAUUUAGGAGUUUUUGCAUUAUUUAACUUCCAUCAGUAAUUUUUUUAAUUUAACAAACAUGUGAAUAUUUAGAGAAAAUAAAAAAGAACAUGCGGCAGCAAAUCUCCCUGCCACUUGUUAGAAGAAGGAAAAAUGUUAACUUUAAAUAUGUAAAUACACAAGCAUCUUUCAAUUUUUUAACGAUGCACAUUUUCACACACCUCUUUAAAUUGUGAAUGAAACACCCUUUUAUAUAACACUUUAAUUCUGAACAACGCACUUUUUCAUAUACGUUUUAAUUUCCGAGCGAUACACUCUUUUAAUUUGUUACUAAAUUGAAGUCUUUAACUAAAAUCAUAUGGUUAAUAUUGAUUUGCUUAUAUAGUCUAACUGAUAUUAGAUCGAUAAAAGUAUGAGUUCAUCAAAUUACUAAUGCAAAAGAUGUAUUUUUGUUUCUUUUGUUGAACCAACACUUCUCUAAAUACACACUCUUUUAGAAAUUGCAUAUUUUCACACACACACACACAAAUAUAUAUAUGGUUCACCACUUCCGCAUUUUUUUACCAGAAGAUAUAACUUCCUAAGUGUCUAGAGUAUGACACAUAUCUUAAAUACCAUAAUCAAACAAAAUAACAAAAGAUCACUUCUAUAAAAUUAUUGAUUGCUUUAGAAAAUAUUAAUAACCUUAUGAUAUCCCGAAGAGGUGCGAAUGUGUCGUGACAAAAUAGGUGCAAAUGUAUCGUCACAAAAGAGGUGCAUAUGUGUUGUAACCGAAGAGGUGCAACCAUAUCAUGACCAAAUAAAUGCAAAAGGAUCACCACUAAAAGGGUGCGAACAGAACAUCACCAAAGAGGUGCGAACAUGUAAUCACUGAAGGGUGCAAACGGGUCGUCACCGAAGAGUUGCAAAUGAGUCGUCACCGAAGAGGUGCAAACGAGUCGUCCCCCAAACGGUGUGAACAUGUUGUGACCAAAGGUGCAAACAUUUCCUGUCCGAAAAGGUGCGAACUUUCCAUGUCCGAAGAGGUGUGGAUGUCUUGUGUCCAAAGAGGUGCCAAUGUGUCGUGAAAAAAUAAGUGAAAACAUAUUAUCACCAAAGAGGUGAAAAUGUAACGAAUAAGUGCGAACAUAUUAUCGCCGAAGGGAUGCAAAAGUGUCGUCACCGAAGAGGUGCAAACUAUUGUCACUAAAAGUGUGAGAAUACAUCACCACCGAAGAGGUGCGAACAUAACUUCAUUGAAAGGGUGCAGAUGUAAUAUUACUGAAAGUGUGUAAAUGUAAAAUUACCAAAAGGUGUAACCAUAUUGUGACCAAAUAAGUGCAAAAGGAUCGUCACCAAAGGGAUGCAAACAGAUCAUCACCAAAGAGGUGCGAACAUGUAAUAACUGAAGAGUGCAAACGGGUUGUCACUGAAGAGGUGCAAACGUGUUGUCAGCCAAAUGGUGUGAACAUGUCGUGACCAAAGGUACGAACAUUUCCUGUCCGAAGAGGUGCAAACGUGCUAUGUCCGAAAGGUUUUGGAUGUGUUGUGUCCAAAGAGGUGCCAACAUGUCGUGAACGAAUAGGUGAAAACAUAUUAUCACCAAAAAGGUGAAAAUAUAACAAAUAGGUGCAAACAUAUUAUUACCGAAUGGGUGCAAACGUGUCGUCGCCGAAGAGGUGUAAACUAAUUCACUAAAGAGGUGGGAGAAUACAUCACCACCGAAGAAGUGUGAACAUAACUUCACCGAAAGGGUGCAAAUGUAACAUUACUGAAAGUUCGUAAAUUUAAAAUUACCAAAAGAGUGCGACGUAAUGUUACAAAAAAAAGGUGCAAACGUAAUGUCAUUGAAAGGUUAUAAGUUGAUAAAUUCACUAUAUGGGCUAAAGCAAGAAUCUAAGCAGUGGAAUCAAAGAUUUGAUGAGGUUAUCUUAUCAAGUAGGUUUAAGUUAAACUAGGAUGAUAUGUAUUAUAUACCAAAUUGACAAGUCCAGUAAUGGAAUAUCACGUGCUCGUAUGUUGAUGACAUAUUGAUCUUUGGCACUAGCCUUAGAUAAUUAGAGCUAAAGCACACUAUUUUCAUCAAGUUUUGCAAUGAAAGACACGAAGAAGUGGUUAUGAUUCUUGUAAUUUAAAUCAUACAUGCAAAUAAAAGUACCGUUGCGACACCUUGGUGUUAAAUAUAGCGCAUCAUGUGAACUGAUCUCUCACUGGGUGAUUACCAUAAAGUUUGUUCGUUCUUAAUAAAAUGUAACAGAUUAUUUGACGAAAUGAUUAGCUAAAGACUUGGUAACUAAGUUUGUUGAAUGGAUAAGUUUAAAGUCCUUUUGAAAUUUUAAUUGUGGGAACUCAAUUCCCCUCUAAUACAACGUUAGAGGCUGAAUUCAAUGUGGAAAGCCUAUACUUAAAGAAUGAAACACAUGUUUAUAUCAUCCCAAAGUCUGUGAAUGGACAUGCAAGAAACGUACAGGUUAAAAUGUUUCUCUUAAUAUAUAUUUGAAAAAGUGAAUUUGCAAGUGCAUAAUUGAAAGUAUUUACCUAUAUAAGUGUGAAAUGAUGGCGGUUCAAAAGCUGGGACUUAACUUUGUGUACAUUCAUGAAUGGAUAACACCCAUGACUUAUAAUAGUGUCGAGUAAACAUUUAGAAUAGUAUAGAAAUACAUGUUUGUAUUAUUUUCAUUUAUGCAUGAGUUUGAUAUAUGUGUUAAAUUAUUUAUUGAGUAUGCGAUUAUACUUAAAUGGGGGAGAAUUAUUAGAAAUUUAAGUGAAUUCUUGCAACCGUUUAAGUUAAGUAUUAUAAUUUUUUAGAUGAACAAUUGAAAAUGUUUGUGAUUGUAACUAUUAGUGAUAAAUAUUCGUAACGUUUGGUGAUAAACCAUUGCAACAUUGAUGAUUAAACCCGUUGGUAAUUAACCAUUGUAAUUUUUGGCUAACUGUUGCAAAAAACUGUUAGUGUUAAUAAUUGUAACUCUUAGUGUUAAUAUUUAUAACUCUUGGUUAACUCUUGUAAUUGUUAACGAAGAGUUAACCAAGAGUGAUCACCCUGUUUCUGUCAGACCAACCCUAUAGCCAUUACAACCACUGCCAAAGGCUCCUCUACCGUCUCUUUGACCACCACCAUUUCCUCCAUACAACAAUCACUUCUUCUGUAGUUACCAUCACCUCUUUCAGACCACAUCCAUCAGCAUUGGAAGCUUUGUUGAUUCAUAGCAUAUUUUAUUUUGGCAGAGGCUUAACUGAUAGUGAGCAACUCAAACUAGUCUACGAACGCGAGUUAAUGGCAAUAAUAAUGCAGUUCAUAAAUGGAAACCUUACUUUCUUGGUUGUCACUUUGUGGUACAUACUAACCAAAGAAAUAAAAAAAUUCUUGUUAUAUAAAAGGGACAUCUUUAAGGAAUACAGUAAUAACUUACGAAACUUUCUGGUCAUGAAUUAAGAAUCAUGUACAAAAUAGUAUUGAAAACAAAGUAACAAAUGGUAUUUUCCAAAUCAUUUUAGAGAAUUUUACACCGGGGUCUCUUGUGUGCAGUAACAAUGACUACUAGUUUAUAGAUGCAUGUCAUUCAGAAACAAAUAACUCUAGUUGUGAUAGGCCAAAAUUAUGGGAAUGGAUACGCAGUUGUGUCAGGAAGAAUAUUCUACAAGGAUAAUUUGGUGGUAUCUUACACCUCUCCACAUAUUUCUCUCAUAUUGAAGGAAUGUCAUGACAAUAGACUCGGUGAUUAUUCAUGGGUCUGAAAAAAUAAUCAAAAUAAUUCAGUGUCUAUUUCAUUGGCAUAAGUUGAAGAAAAAUGUACAAAAAUAUAUGUCUCAAUGCACCACAUGCCAAACACACAAAUAUUCUACUGACAGCCAUGCUGAGUUAUUACAACCAAUCCCCAUUUCAUUCUAUAUUUGGUUAAAAAUCUCCUUGGACUUCAUCGAAAUAACUCUAAAGCAAGAGAGUUCAAUUAUAUAUGGGCGGUAGUAGCUCGUUUUGAGUAAAAAAUGCACAUUUUAUGGGGCUUAAUAAUCCUUUCACAGCAACAAUGGUAGAUGAAAAAAAUGAAGUGGUUAGGCUGCAUAAUUAUCCAGCUUCUGUUAUCUCUAACAUACAUAAAAAAUUCUUAAUUUUUUCGCGUGUGAAUGCUUCUGUCUCGUGGGUACUACCUUGAAUUGAGAUCGAAAAUAUAACUUAAGAAAAACUAAGAUCGAAUACAAAGUAUGAAAAAUAGAGUGAGAGAGCUUGAGAUCGAGGUUGAUAUGUUUGAGGUAAGUCGCUAAAGUUUCAUAUGUUUAUCAGCCUCGAUCCUCUCUCCUUUUAUAGCGGCCAGGUCACGAAAGGCCCUUAACGGUCUCGAGAUCUUUGGGACCUCGAAUUCUUUACAUCGACUUAGCCUUCCUUCUAAUAUUGAGCCGACGCUUCUGAUUAUAACUGAACCCACGUGGCAUAAUUAUUGGUUGACCAAAAUCAGGUCCAAUAUAACCACUCUCUAGCACCAUAGUAUAUUUAUUGACUGCAUGAUGUAUUAGAUGGAAACAUCACAGUAUGUCACAUGUCACUAACAUCCACACCUGCUGAGAAUGUAUGGAGAAACUAAAGUUGACUUCCAACCUUAAUCAGUUUAACUUGCUUGUUUUGGGGCUUGGUAUACAUUGGAUCCGACUUCUCAUGCAAGUGUGGAAGGUAAAGAGUAUGAAUCAUUUUGGUUCCCCUUUCUCCUCUCUUCGGCAUCCAGAAAGAAAGAAAAAGAAAAGAUUAAGAUUAUUUCCUAAGAGGUACAGGGGUAUGUACGUUACCGAUGAUCCCACUAUUAUAAUUCAAAGGAAUGAUCACACUUCGUUGGAAAUGAGGGGUAGGUACAUUAGUGAUGACCCCACCAUUCGCCUACACUUUGCAAGAUUCAAAAAAAUCGAAAAUGAUUCAGAGAAGAGACAAGACAGAGGGAAAUAAUUUUUUAAAAAAGUACAUGUUAGUCCAGAUACUUGCUUGAGUUGAUUCCAUGUGUUCAUUGAUCGAUAUUUCCAAGAUGUAGCGUACACAUUUACUUGUUAUAAAUGAGGUUAGUAGAGGGUAUGUCAGGCGCUAUCAGUCGAGUUGUGUGAUGUAUGACAUGGUUGCUAAGCUAGAGUGUAGUACAUUGAGGCAUCUCUGAGGUUAGUAAUGAUUCAUUCUCACUUACCAUAUUUGCAUAGGUGAUGGUACUAAUUUAAAUUAUGUGAGUCUCUACUGUUUUCAAAACCUUUUUCACAAGACUACUCUAUGUUUUGUUUGAAGACAAACAAAAUGGUAAGUCUAAGGGAGUUUAUAUACCAUGGAUUUUACAGGUUUCCAGCCAUGGUAUAUGAUUGUUUUAGAGUGUAUUAUAUGUGUGUUUAGAGUCUUUUUUGAGUCUUUUCAGGUCUAGGUAUGUCUUGGAGCAAUGUGGAGAUUAUGGAGCAUUUUGGAGGUAGAGAUAGAAGAAUCUCAUAGUUGUUCAAGAAAGCAGCCAGAGUCGACAUUUAGAUAGACUGUCGAUCGACAAAGACUCUUUGUCGUUGCUUGACAGUGAGGUGCGUUGACGGGCCGACUUGAGCCUAAAUGAUACACAUAACUACAAGACUGCCCCUGGCCAACUUUUACCUAAUAUUUAUAGUGUUUUUUAUUGUUUGGGCAGAAAACCACACUUUUACAUUACAACAUACAGUUCUAGGGUUCUUAGUAGAUUUAGAGAGAAGAUCAAUGAUUCCUUCAGAGCUUUGUAUUAGAACUCCAGUUUUCUUACCUUAUUAUAUUUAUGCAUUCUAUUCAGAUUGUUGUUAUGCUUUGCCUUGCCAUGUAUGUGUAGUUUCUCUUGUUAGAUUUAGGGUUAAUAAGGUUUUGAUGGAUUAGUCAAACAUAUAGAACUACUAGGGUGAAAUUAUAGAACAAUCUUCAUCGGAAUUAUUCUUAUUGCCUAUGUUCUAGAGUAGUUAACUAGAACCAUGAACUUAGGAUUGUACACAACUACAACAGUAGGUUCUCUUCAUGCACUAAUUCUGCUGAGCUAGGAUUGCUAGAAACAUGCAACAGCUGAUCUGGUAUAACUAGUGAACAAAUCAAUCAGAUCGGUAACGAUUGCCUAAGGCAGUGUCUAUUGACACUCAUUCGAUAGUAUCGAUCAACACUCGAUCCGUGUUGACAUGCGACAGCUGAAAUCUGAAGCUAAAACCUGGACUUAGUCAAUAGAUUAGACUCACAGCGAGAGCUGGUUAUCUUUUGCAUUAGACAUCGACUCCUAGGAUUGUCAUUCACACAUUCUUAGCUUCUAUAACACUAUAAUCUGGAUUGCCUUGAACCCUAGAUCUAGCUAUUUGUUCUCAUAUUCACAAACCAAACAACCAACUGCUUUCUUUAUUUUAGAUCAAACGGUUGUUCUAUUACUCAAACCAUACCAAAACAGAACAGAACCAACUGCUUUCUUCUACUUUAUUUACUACUUUCAUAUUUACUUGCCUAGUUUAAUCGUGAUUGCAUUGAUUUUAUUCUUUGUCCACGCUCCAUGUGGAUUCGAUCCCUAAUUGCUACAAUUGAACCUCUUAUCUGAGUGAGUAAACUUGCUCAUAGUAAACUUGAUAACACACCCCUCACCCAAAAGCUCAUCUGCAGCUCCACAAAACCACUGAAGAACCAAGUCAUCACUGAGAGCUAAAACGACGAGAACCACAACCAUUAUCACGGCCAUGAACAGAUGUAACCCAGGAACCCAGAUCUGAGCCCAAAACAAAGCUUCUCCAACCGCAUUAAAAGAGAGAAGAGAGACUGAGAACAAAAUAGGAACACAGGGGGUCCGGCGGUCGCACAAACGGACAGCAACCGCUGGAAGGAGGAGUCAUUUUUUUUUCCUACAAUGGCUAGGUUUAUCGCUCACUGAGAAAAAAACUUUUUGUUUUUGCGUGUGGUCUGUUUUUGUAGUUUCUCUAUUAUUUGACAAUAUUUUCCACAUAAAUAAUCCCACUACAGUUUACUUCAAUAGACUCGAGAGACAGGCUGAUGCAAUACUUUUCUCCAUAUCAGUUUUCAACUUACAUGCAUCAUUUUCUUCUUUUAAAGAUCCCAAACCUAAGCCAGCCUCCUUAUUGACUGACACAUCUCAAACCAUCACUCUGUUUUAUUGGUUGUUCUAAUCUGAUCUGGUUACCAAAACCAUCUCAAGUUUGAGUAAUAGAAUAGCCAUUCGUUAUUAAAAAAAAAAAGAUUGACACAACAUUUUCCAAACAAUAUUUUCUUCCCUUCAAUUAAGCUCAGUGCCCAACCAUAAGAAAAGGAUGCACAUUUUGGCAAUCUCAUGGAUACAAAGCUUUUAGAAGCCUAAAUGCACCCAAACAUAAAAUAUAAUGUUUCCAUAAUACCGAAGUGAUUAGAUUCAGUCUUCCUGCAAAACAGAGGAAUCGCGAUUCCUAAAACUAAAAAAGAGUCCAACUAACAUUCUUGCAUCGAGGGUGAUACUCAAUCUAUUGUUAGGUUGCUUCUCUAUAUAACAAUUUUGAUAGCACAUACUCAGGUCUGACCCAUUGCACAAACAUAAUAAUCAGUGGUUUAGGGUACAUAUAUUUUGUGAGUUUUUAAGCUUAGAAAUAAAUCUUAUCUAUUUUUUGUACAAUAGAAAAGGGGCCACAUUUUUAAAUUUUGAGUAGGGCAUUUCAAGGACUUGGGCCGUCACUGAACGUACCAGUGCCUGUCAAAAGUUUUGGAAGACUAGAAGCGAAAGUAAAAAUGGACUACCUUUCGUAUGUUCAAUUAAAAAAGCUUGAAUAUAUCCAAAAAAAAUCAAUGUAAUAUAUAUAUAUAUAUAUAUAUAUAUAUAUAUAUUUGAAGUACUAAAAAGAAAAAAUAUAAUAUUCUUCAAAAACAAUUCUUUGUGCAUUUUUAUUAGUGAACUCAUUCAUAAAAUUUGUGUAGUCCAAUCAUUUACCCAUCCUCCUUUCAAUCAGAUAUAUCUUGUGACAUACUCGACCAUGAUAAGAUUUUAUGUUUUAGCUUCGAAAAAUUUCUUUCUGCCGAUGCAACUGAAACAUGAACUGUCAUCAUUAUGCGAUAUGAAGUUCAUGUAUUUGGAUAACAAGUAUCCACCUUUUCAAGAAAAUCCAAUAUCCCAGUAACCUUCUGAAUAUUUGUUGGUAAACUCCCUAUUAAAAGCUUUAACUCCAUAAAUAAUUCAUUACUAUCAAUAUCAGAACGAUUACCAUGCUUGAGGAAAACUUCAAGGUUGACACAAGAAAUCAUCAAUUCAUCAUCAUUUGUCAACUUUAGCUUCUUCAGUUCAAACAAAAAUGUAAAAGCGUUUUCAUAACUUUGGAGCUGAUCAAACCUUUUUUCGAAAGAGACCAACCUUUGAUCCAAAAUUUUGAUGAAGUAAUUGAUUCUGAAGAUUUCUUCUUCUGUAAAUAUCAUAUCUUCUCCAUCUUUUCUCGGCUCUUUAUCAUGAUAUUUCUUCUUUUCAAUGAACUUUUUUCUUUCACAGAGAAUACAUGAUCAAUUUACAUAGAAAUAGCAAUCUGUUCAGCUUUUACUUUUGCUGCUUGGAAACCUGUUUCUCUAUAGUUAAAAAAAAAAGAUAAAGAAAUAAGAAUUUACACUUGAGCAAUAAGAAUAUCAAUAUCCAUAUCUUCUGACUGUAGGAUCUUGCUUACUUUGUUAACACCAAACAAAAGUUCAUACCAAAUAAUCAUUCCAAUAAAAAAACUCAAAGCUUCCAAUCGUAUAAUUUUAACUCAUUGCAAGAAACUCAGUUUGAUAUACCAUGGUUUUUACCACUUUUAAGGCCAUGGUAUAAGUCUUUUAUUGAGUCUAUUAUAUGUGUUUGGAGUGUUUAUGGAGCUUUUUGAGGUGGAAUACUGCACAUACGCAUCAUAGGUUUAGUGUAUCCCACAGUGGCAUUGAACUCAUCUUCUGGCACAAGAUAGAGAUUUGAGUUAGCUUUCUAAUGCCAUCGGUUUGAGGUCCAUCUGAUGGUUAGAUAUAAAGUUUUCAUAUUUUACUGACGAGUUGUAUGCCUGACUCAUGAGAUAAAGCUGUCGAAGAUACGAAUGAGUGUCGGUCGACCCACAAAUACAUUGGUGUCAAACGACACUUUUGUGAGAAGAUGAGCCGAGUGUAUAUCAUGACCGAUUUGGGCCUAAACGUCACGACAAAUUACCAUAAUGCCCAUGGACGACUUGAUACCUAGUUUUAUUGUUUUCUAAGCCAUUGUUGACAGCUAUGCUACCUAAGCUUUAUUCUAUCAUUUUCUCUUAGUUUGGAAGUAGGGAAGUUAAUAGUGGGUAAAAACCCAUAUGGUAUUGUAAACCCUAUUAAAUUUUAAGCCUAAACCCCGUAUGUUUAGGUUUCAAAUUCGUGGGCUUAUUUUGGGCGGGUCGCGGUUUAUAAAUUACCCGAUCGGGUUUUGGGUACUCCAUGGAUUUUUUUUGGGCGAACACCCUAUUGGUUUUUUUUAAUCAAAAGGCUAUGGGUUUAAAAAAAAAAAUUGCUAUAACAAAACGACGACGUUGUGAAGAGCUCCACUCCAUUGGUGAGAAACUAGAUUUCAUAAUCCGAUUUUGUUACCAGCAAUAACAUGAGAGUUACUCGACAUCAAAACGCCUUUAAUGGACACUGAAAAUGACACAUACCACAUACUCGACUUUAAUUAUCCCCUAUACAUUAUUUGAUUUUAUAUUUUGUUAAUUAUAAAUAACAAAACUUUCCCUUAAUUUUAUAGAAUUUUAUUUAAUAUAUAUUAACCAAAAUAAAUAAAUUAAAAUAUUUCCAAGAUAUAUAUAUAUAUUAUUAAAUAUAAAUGUAAAUACAAAUAUUUAUUUUAUCUUAAUUUUUACAUAGGAUUAAAAUAUUGUACUAAAAUAAUAAAAUAAAAAAUCAACAAAAAUUUAUUUAUGAAUAUAAUUUUAAAAUUUUAUUUCUGCACAUGGUGCAGGAAAACACCUAGUGUUAUACUGAAAGAAAAUGUGUUUUUCUGGUAAACUGAAUAUUAACGAACCGAAAUUGAAAAUGAGCGCUAAUUGAAAUUGGAAUAAACCAAAACCAAUUUAAACCGUGAAAUGGCGCGAGAAGUAUGAUUAAUGUAUGAAGUCGAGUUUUGAAAUUAAUUUUUAAAAUAUAUUGCAAUUACGGUUUUCUUUCGAAAGCGAUUGCAAUUACAUUAUAUAUUAUAUUGAAUCAAAGUACGUUUCCUAGCUACUCAGCUACUCAUAUAACUCAUAUCAAAACAAACAUUUACAAACAGAAUUUUACAACGUCAUUAUCUAUCUGAUGUAGUUAAGUUUUAUUGAAUAAACCAUUAAAACUUUAGAAAGGAAGAUUUUUAGACAGAAAAAAGUUUGUUGACAAAAAAUAAGAUUAUGAUCAAUUGAUUAAACCAAUUGACAAAUUUAGAUCUGAGGCCGGUCUGUGGUUUUUCUAGCACUGAUACCGGUCUCCCACUUGUACCUUUUAAUUAUUUGUUUGUCUUGGUCUUCAUCACGGAUAUAAUUUGAUCUGCUUGGUGGUGAGAGGUCCAACAGAGUGGAUACUAAGAACUUUGUUUCGGUGUCUCUUCAUCUAACGUCCAUUGCUAUGGUUGGAUACCUAUGUUUCUAUUAUUUCUGCAUCUUUCUGCGGCGCUUUUGAAGUGAGCGAUAUUAGUUUCUCUCGUUAUUGGAGUGGAACCUUUUUCCAAAAACGGAUCUUGCUUCGUCUUGGAUCUGAUUAUGGUUCUAUUGUCCCUUUUGUGUGGUCUGUGUUUUUGUCGUGUUGGUUUAGGGACAUGAAUCAUCAAUCCCAACUAUCUACCUGAUUUAUACUUUCACUACAAAAAAAAGUUAACAUUGUGACAAAAUUUUAUGACUAACAUUCAAUAUUGUGACUAUUUACCUACGUGGUAGUGACCAAAUUAUUUUGUCACAGAAUCGUGAAUAUUUUGUCACAAUGUUGUGAUGAAUGUAAAAGUAACAAAAGAUCGUAACCAAAAGUUACAUAUAUGUGACGAAGUGUUUAGUCACAAAUAUUGUUACGGAAUCGAGACUAAAACUCGUCCUUACUAGAUACGAUUUUGUGGCUUACGUAAAUAUGUUAAAAUUUUAAAUUAAUCUUAAUUAUAUAAUCUAAAACUCAAACACGAUACCCUAAACUGUAAUCUUUAUAUCAUAAAAGAUUAAACAUUACACUUUAGUAUUAAAUUAUAAUUACUAUAAUAUACUUAAAUUAAUAUCUAACACCCAUACAAAAUUAACGUUUCCAAGUCUAACUAAAAACCUUAAUCUCAUACUUUAUAUCUAAACUUCAAAUUGUAUCCCCCAAAGCUCCAAACUCUAAAUAAUAAAUAUAACCCUAAACAGUUUAAAUCAUUGAAGUUAAGAGCAUACAUAAUAACCAAAAUAUAAGCACUAGUUAUAUAUACAAAUACUUAAAUAUUUACAUAUAAACUUUAAUAAAAGUUUUGAUAUAUUUACAAAUAUUUCAAGUAAAAUUUUAAUAAACCAACAUUUUAAUAUUUUUAAAAAGUAACAUCAAACGUUAAAAACAAAACUGAAAUCUUAUAUCGACACUCUAAAUUCCAAAUCCUAACUCUAUACUUGAAAUUAGACUUUAAACAUACACAUGAAACCCUAUACCCUAAACUCUAAAUCAUAAAUUAUGUUUUAAUUUUUUUUCUUUUUGAGAAAAGUCACACAUUUUGUUUUAAUCUUUAAAAAAUUAUCAUAAAAAUUUAAAUCAUAAACCAUUUCACCAAUAUAUAACCAUUAACUGUACAUACACAAAAUUAAUAUAUGUUUAACAAAAACAUAAAUUAACUAAAACAUGAUUAAACCAAAUCUUAAAAUAAACUAAAUAACCAUGUUUUAGUUUUGGCAUUAAAUUAAUUUUCCCACGUUUUGAGAAUAUACUCUAUCUGUCUAUUUCACGUAGCCUCCAUCUACAUUCUACACAGUUGUUAAAAAAGAAGCCUCCAUCUACACUUUAUCACAUUUUCUCUCUUCCUCCAGCAAAUCAACAAUCCUCAUGAUUCUUCUUAUUUUUUUUCUUCUAUUGAUUAUGUCUCUCUCUCAUUUUCUUCUCCCCUAGCCCUCUCUUUCUUUCCCUUUAUUUCUCUGCAAUUUGAAGGAUUCAGAUUGAGAGUCAUUACCCUACUGCCUCUCAACGACUAUACAGAUCAGCAGUGCAGAUGGAGUUAACCAGUCAACUUGAUGUUAGAUUUCAGUCAGAUAUAGAUACAGCCGAAGAUGAUGUAGAUGCAGCCAAUGAUGAAUACAGAUUUAGAUCUGGCCACUACAGUGGUAGAAGCUUUCAUUAGGAGGCCCGAGGAUCUGAAAAUUCAGUGCUAAUGAUGAUGAUGAAUACAAGGACGGCGGAGGUGUAGACAAGGGCCGAAGGAGAAGCUUCUAAUGCCGUCAGGUUGACGUAAUUUGAGGGAGGCAAAGGAGGCUGUGUCGUAGACCAGUGUUUACCCUAAUUUGCUUUCCUUUGAUCUGUAUUAUAAUUGGUUAUCUAAUACUACUAUUUUUUGUAACCAAUUAACCAAUAUAUGAUUUGGGAUAUCAAUAAAAUAUAUUUUAGUUACAAUUUUUUUUUGAAUUUAAUUUUCUUUUAACAAGAAUCGGCUUUUAUUUAAUUCUAAAUUAAUUAUUUUCUGAAUAUUUGAUAAUUACCACAAAUUUAAGUGACUAUUUAGUUGCAAAAUGUGACGGAUAUGUGACAGUAAUAAUGUUACAAAUUGUGUCGUAUUUAUUACGUAAUCAUGUGUAACAGUUUGUGUCGUUUUGUGACUACUUUUAACACGUAACAAUUUGUAACAAAACCGAUACUAUUGUAAUCGUCUCUAUAAUUGCUACAUUUUUGUGACUAAGUUAAAUUUGUGACGACAGUAUUGUAACCAUUCAAAACUGUCACAUAUUAGUCACAAUAGAUAAUUUGUGACGAAAUAUUUGUAUAUUGUGACUAAAAGCAUUGUCACAAUAGCCAUUUUUUCUUGUAGUGUUUUUAGUUCAAGCUUGUUCAACGGUAGCUUAACUGAAGUUAACUCGGAACAAAAUUGAUCAAGGCAACUGAAGAAGAAGAUGUAUCUAAACUAUGAGAAUUAUUGUUGUAAUUUCGUUGAAGGUAUUAGAAGUCCGUCUGCUAUUGCUGGAAAGAGAAGACCUAAUUCACCUUACUUUCGAAACCAGACUAUUUUGGUAUUGCUAAUGUAUCAUCGGUCAUGUUUAUCUUUUCUAUUUUCCGGUGUGGAAAAACCAUUAGUUUCUCAUUAUUUGUCAUAUUAUUCUGCGAUGUAAUAUGUUCCAAAUUAGUUUCAAUAAAGCAGUGUUAAAAAAGACAAGAAAAAUUCUGGUUAUAAUAUAAAUUUAAAACUAAAAAAUUUUAAUUAAAAAAAAACAGAGAUGGGUUUUCGCAGGUUAACCCUAAAAUUCUAGGUUUUUUCACGGAUUACCUUAAUAAUACCGGGUUUUUUCGGGGUUUUUAGUUUAGAGUAUAUUUUGGACGGGUUUAAUUCAGGUUCGGGUCGGGUCGGGUAAUUUUGCCCAUGACAACAUCCCUAUUUAGGAGAGAAGAGAUGAACUUCGUUAGAGUCCUCAAGGAACUCUAUUGGUUUUUCUAUUGAUUUAUAUGAUUUCUAUUCUUUCUUUGAUUAUGUCUUCAUCUAUAAAGUUUGAGUAGAUUCAUUGUAAGACUUAGGGUUUGAUAUGGUAAUGAUGAAUUAUUGAUUUAGAAUUUCUAAGGUGAUUAAUUAACAUCCUUCACAGAAUUAGAUCUUAUUGUGUGCAUUCUAGAGUAGCUAAGUAGAAUCUUGAUCUUAGGAGUUGACAACUGCGAAAGUAGGCUCAUGCCUGAAUAUAAUCAUGUUGAGCUCUCCGUAGGCGCAGUGACACGCUGGUCAAUUGUCGAUUAGUGAACUUAUCGAUCCGAUCAUUAAAUCAUGUUUGGAAGUGUAUCAAUCGACACCCUAUAGGUGUAUCGAUCGACAUUUGUUCCGUACUACAUAUGAAAGUAUGGUACAUAUUCAAACAUUUAGACUCACAGUGAGAUCUGGAGUAUAUUUGCAUUUGAGUUCUAGGAUUGAUUAUCACAUGUUCUUAGCAUUCAUAUCAUAAUUUAGAUUACCUAAACCUGAAAAUCUAGCUUUUGUCUUAUCUGUUUACACCCACAUCUCUAUCUGAUUUACUGUUUUAAUAGUUAUUUAUUGCUUAAUACGUUCUUGCCUAGCUUAAUCUAAUAUUCUAUCUGAUCUAUUGUGUGCUCACGCUCCUUGUAGAUUCAAUCCCUAACUACUACAACUGAAUCUAUUAUUUGAGAGAGUAAACCCCAGCUAGCUCUAGGGUAGUUUGAGCUGGUAUCACAGCUUCAGUUAGUGUUCCUGGAUUUGCAUUGUUUACAGCCAAGUAAAACAAAGCCUUUUGGUAUUUGUGGAGCCAUAAAUCGUAUUGGUUUAGCACUUUUGAUGUGCUUUUUUCAACGAGUUUGUGAUAAUGGUUUUAUUAUUACAGCAUUAACAUUAAUCUCUCUGAAAACUGGUUGUUUAUAGAAAAAAGCAAAAAACAAAGAAAGAAAGAAUAGAUGCGCUGAAUAAUUCCAAAAAAUGAUAUUACUAUCGUUGAUGACUAAGCGAUACCAUAAAGUACAAGAUUAGUUUAUGAUAACCAUAUGGUGUGUAGACACCCCUGAAAUUAAUUUCAAGGAACCUCUUUUGUACUCCUUUAGUUUUUCCUUUCAUGUUUGAUCCAUUAUCAUAACCUUGCGCUCAUAUGUUAUCUAUAGUCAGUCCAAAACUAUGCAAUACAUCUUGAAGGGUAUCAAAAAUUCCUUCUCAUGUUUUGUGUUUAACUUCCAAGAAUGUCAACAACAAAAAAUUUAAUCUUUGAAGAAGUUUCAGAAAUAUUCACACAUAGGAUAACCAUGAAAAAAAUUUUCUCUGUGGCUGAUAUCAUGAGUGGCGUCAAGAAUAACUGAACAAUACUUUGCUUAUCGAUUAUUCUUUAAGAUCAUUUGUUUGUUCUCAUUCCAAGCAUCUCGAUCAACUCAUUUUGAAUCAUGUUACUGAGAUAGUGAUAAUGAGUUACAUAAAAAAGAAGAAGAGAUAGGAAGAAAGUAGAAAAAAAUUCAUUAUUGUAUUCGACUUUGACUAGAUCCAUUGCAAGCAACUUAUUCUUGAUCAGUAACAUACCAUUUAUAAAAGCCGAUUGGUUCGUUCUAAUUGAACUUUGGAAGGAUUUGUUUCAGCAUGUCUGCAAAGAUUUGGAUAUCACUUUAUAAAUCAUACUACAACAAGAAACAAGUUAGUAGUUAUUCAUCAUCUCUUUCACAUUUUUGGCAUGAGUACUACUAUGGAGUUUAUACCCUUCUACAAAAAUCAUUUUUCCAAGAAACUGCAUUGAUAAUCUCAAAGUAUUACCCAUAUGGAUGAUGGUGACUUAUCAUUUGGCAUAGAAAGAAAAGCACCUUUCCUCUCUUAUUAGCAUUUGAUUGUCUUCAUCCGAACAUCACAAUGGCUACAAAUCUUGGAACUCUUAUAUCGCCAUAUUGUCAAAUUCAUCUGCUUUAUUCUACAAGGAAUCUCUAAAAUGCUUUUACGCCUUUGUUUUAAGUUUUUAACCACCAGUUUUUUUUGUCUUGACCACAACAAUGUAAUACAUACCAACAGCAAAAGCAGAGACGGCCGAGGAAAACAAAAGGAGAUGGGAAGGAGUAACAAAGAAUUGUUUAUUAGAUGACUAUUAUAAAAACAAGUGAGAGGAGCAUAACUAAUGGUGUCUUGUUCCAUUUUCAGGGUGAGAAGCACCAACAAAAAAAUAAAGCAAAAUGAAUAAACAAAAAUUGAGGGACAGGUCAAUGCGUCUUCGUCCUCAAAGGCAGGCAUGUCAUAUGCAACACAAAAAGCCAUAACACAAAGUUAAGAGUAGCCAGAAAACACACUACUAAUUUUUUUUACAUUUAUCUACUUGUCUGCACAUGCCUCAUUUUGGCCCCACAUGCAUCUUCCUCUCCCCUUGGCUGUCUACCUACUCACCCCCUUUCUCAUCCUUGGUCUCUGGUUCUGUUUCCGGUUUCUGAUUUCUAAUCGGGUGUAGCAUCCCGAAUCAGUUCCGUUUCAGCUUUGGGGCUUGAUUCGGUUCCCGUCUCAGCAUUGAGGUUUGAUUUGAGUUCGGGUUGACGGAACUUAACAACAAUGCACGUGAUGCUAUUGCUGUCUGCACUGCCACGAGUGGAGGCAGUAAAUGUUAACUUGCGGGCAGCUGCCUCAGGCUCCUCCUCGCUCUGAGCUAGGGAAACUGCAUCCUCAUUUGGUACCACAUCCCAUAAACCGUCAGCUGCAAUCACAAGAAACUCUGCCUCGUGAUCUAUCUUUUGAUAAACAGUUUGUGUCAGAAAAUCUCAACACUUCAAGGAUGUAAUAUAGGAUAAGAUAACAACAUAAUAUAACACCCUCAAGGGGAGAGUAUUAUGCUGGCGUGAGAAGACGUUACUUGUAUCUCGGGUUCAGCAACAACAAAUUGCAUCAGCAUUCAGUUUCCAAAGGCCCAAGACAUUGCAAAGACUCCACCUACCCUCCAUGUUUUUGACAAGGCAAAUUUCCAGUGAUAGCAUUCAACACCUCGCUAGACAAAACCGUCAAAGAACCAUUAUAAGGACUCGAACUCGAAGUAAGUCCAUGAAGGCAAGGAGUUUUAUUUGGGGCCAGAAAGCUUGCCAAGCUUCUGAGAAAUGUAGUAAACCAAUUUUCAUUAAUGAGAAACCACGUCGUAAGUUUUCAUUUUAGGAUUAUCCGACUUUUUAUUAGAUCAUGAAAUCAGGUUUCAUGGAUACACUUGGAAUAAAAACUCUAUAAAUUAAUACUCGAUAAACUAAUAAUCUUUGAUAGAUUAUAAAUUUCUCUAGUCCAAGUUAAACCAAUGUGAUAUAUUACAAUUAGAUAACAUAAUAAAAUAAUAAAUUUUAACAACUUUGAGGUAAAUACAUAGUCCUAUUAAAUCAUAAAUUAAGGGUUAUUAUAUAUGUAUAUGUAUAUAAGGUUUGUGUAAAUACAUGGUGGCAUUGUAUUGUUUGUUUUCUUUUCUGAAAUGAAAUUCAUCUAUAAUUUUUCUUUGCAUCUCAAUAUUUUGGGUUAUCUUAUAGAACUACAUAUAAAACAUAUUUAUAUUCUAGGAUAUAUAACUUUGAUACUAAUUUAUCAAAUAAUAUAAGAAAAGAUAUGAAAUUCAAAUCUACAGUAUUUAUUUAGUAUAUGAUAUCCAAAACAUUAUUGUUUUAUAGAGUUUUUACUGUAUCUCUAAUUUUCAUUUGAUCAAUGCAUGCUUGUAAGUCAAUGAUUCGAUGUAAGAUAGUUACAAGCUGCAGAAGAAUAUUAUGAAUUGGGUGUGUAACUUCAUUGAAGUUUCCUCUAACAAACCAAGGAGAGGCCUCAAGGAGAAGAGAGAGAUAUGUAAAUCAUGUAGCUCAACACACAUAUCAUUAUACGGUCGUCAAACCAACCAAGCACAGCCAUGGAUGAGACUGUAUCAGCCUUUCGAUGCUUCAUGGCUAAUACACAAAUAAACGAUUCCACUUUCAGUCGCAAUGUUUUAAAUUUUCUGACAACUAAAUAUUUUAAUAUGAGAUUGUUGCUUCUGUAAAAGUCCACAACCUUUGUUCAUUUUAUUGUGUUCAAAUCGUUUAAAUGUAUAGUUCUAUACGAAAAGAGUAUUGAUUUUAAUAAUGAUAGUGGUAGCAGCAAUAUUACUUUCUUUCUUUUUGAAAACUAGCAGCGAUAUUUUUUUCAUUUUUAAAUCUAUUUUUGUUUACGUUCAAAGUAGCUUACAAAUACAUCAAUUAUUAUAUGAAGGAUUAUAAUCAUUCAUGUGAGACAACAACCAUUAACUACAGAAGUUUAAUAUAUAAAUCUGAUUAUUUUUUGUUUGCAUAUACUAGGUCUUGCGUGUUUAAUGACAUCAAAAGGGAGGGGUGAUGUGUUUCCCUAACGGAAAAAAACAUGUCACUAAGAAAUUAAAGAUGUUAGGACUAAGUUUGAAAAGUAUGAUCUAAUGUUUGGAAGAUAUCGGUUUCUUUUCAAUUAAGGUUACCUAAUUUUAUAAUCCAAGUCUUUCGUGAUAUUAAUAUACACCAUAUAUAUUAAAUGCGGCUGUUUAAUUCCAAUCGUUCAUGUGAAUUUAAAAUGAAAAUUAUUUUUAAUAAAAAGGGCAAGUUGAAAGGGUAGAUAUGAAUCAAGUUAAAAGGACAAACUUUAAAUUAGAUAGACAAAACGCCUAGACUGUUGAAGAAUUGUUGUAUAGUACUCAAUGUUCUGCAGAUAAACCAUGCGGGUGUGGUUGAGUGGCGAAGGCGGCUCGGAAAAUCCCUAAGCGAUCCAGGUUCGAGACCUCGCACUCAGAUUACCCAGUUGUGUGAUCAGGCGACAUGGAUAUCUAACUCCCUUUGGAACAAAGAGAUCUGUUAGGCACUCGUGGAUGGGUAUCCAUCCGGAGAUUAGUCGGUUGGGUUCGGCCCUUAUGAUAUCUCGUAUCAACAAAAAAAGAAAAAAAAUGUUUUGCGUAGUGAGCUGUGAUGUUUCAGUGCCAGUUUUGAGUCUUUUGACCUAGAUAGUUCGGAUGAGUCGAUCAGGUAGUGACCGGAGUGAAAUCGUAACAAGGUAAUCAUAUUUGAAAUCCCGUUCUUGAAUGUGCUGAAAAGAGAUGGCCAAUGUUGGAUACACUAAGCAUAAGUAGAAAAUGAUAUAGAUGAAUGUAUGUAAGCAUCAGACUAAUGCACCAAUGAUUUUGAAUAAAACUAUGAUCAUUCUGUUUUUGAGCUAGAAAAAGCUCAGACAGUCGGUGAGUGUGUGACAGUGGGUAUACGUUUAUAAUCACAUUCUUUCUUUAAUUCACUUAGUCUUUGGAUGAUAGGAACUACUAUAAAAUGCUUGCUUAAAUAUCGUUAUUCAGUGUACUCUUGGAUUAAGUCAAGUAAUCAGUUUUCUUCCUUUGAUGUGUUUCGGUUAGUCAUGCGCUUUGAGCAUUAUUGCAUGAUAAACCAUUGACUGGAUCUUGAGAUGGUUCAUUAUUGCAUGUUGUGUCUUUUUAGUAUGAAAGAGUUAUGUCUCGUAUACUUGUAAUGAUUCGAUCUCUAUAUAAAAGUCAAUAAUAAGUUAUAUACAAUAAUAUCAAUGAUAUCAAAGUAUUUCAGCCAAGUUAAUUCAUUUAAAACUGUUUAGGAAUAAACCUGAAACGUUUAUCUUAUUCUUUUUUCUUUCGCACUCUUGUGUAACACAUUAUGAUCGAUGUUUAACACAAGCGAUUGGUAAAAAAUUAACAAUAACCACAUAAAGAGAGUGGACCUGUUUUCUGUUCUAUUUUACCAAAUUCUUCAAUUAAAAAUGAUUUUUUGUACUAAAAUUCAGUGUUACUCAAUUAUUUUAAUAGUCAGAGUUACUCAUAAGUUGUUCAUGUUUGGUCCCAAAUCUAUAAAGGAGUUGCAAAGGUAUAAAGAAGAGAUUAGUAACAAAGUCCCUUUUUCUUCCCAUAAAGGCUUCGCUUCCAAGUUUCAUCAUCAGUCGGCGGGUUUUAAAAGUGAUUUUUUUUUUCAAUUCCUCGAAACCCAAAACGCAUGUCCGAGUACGGUCCGAUUUCUACUCAAAGAAAUAGAGUCUGUUAAAAUACUUUCCACUACUUGUUCUUCAUUACACAAAAACAUGAAGUUUAGGCUCACUUCACUCACUCUUUCUUCUUGUGGAAGCAGGGUUUUGCAUUCCUCUCACAAAGAAGGUUACACCACAAUUAGUUGUGCAUCAACAAACUCUCCAACAAUGAACUUCCGACCAGAUAAGUCCGUUAGGUUUCACGACUGGAAAUCCGACAAGGCUUCCGACGUGGAAUACUCCGAGGUUCCAGAUGGUUUAUACCGGAGAGCAAUAAGCUCAAUCUCAGACAAGUUCCACAGAAGCUCCUUAAGGAUAAAAAUGUUGAGAACAUCUUACUCUUUCAAAGAAACGGUUUCGAAAGGGAUUGUUUCCACUCACGAGAUACUUGACCCACAAGGAACCUUCCUUCAGAAGUGGAACAAGAUCUUCGUUCUAGCUUGUAUCAUCGCUGUCUCCGUCGACCCUUUGUUCUUCUACGUCCCUGUCCUCGACAAGGCCAACAACUGCCUUGAUGUCGACAAGAAAAUGCAGACAACCGCUAGCGUUUUGCGCUCCGUCACCGAUAUCUUCUACGCCAUUCACAUGGUUUUCCAGUUCCGUACGGGCUUCAUCGCUCCUUCUUCUCGUGUAUUUGGGAGAGGUGUUCUUGUUGAGGACAGGCGCAAGAUCGCUAAACGUUACUUGUCCUCACAUUUCAUCAUCGACAUUCUUGCCGUGCUUCCUCUUCCACAGAUGGUGAUUUCGAUAAUCAUCCCGCGUAUGAGAGAGCCCAAGACUUUGCACACGAAGAACAUGUUGAAGUUCAUAGUCUUCUUCCAAUACAUACCGAGGUUUAUGAGAAUCUAUCCGCUCUAUAAGCAAGUGACUAGAACCUCAGGCAUACUCACCGAGACAGCUUGGGCAGGCGCUGCUUUUAACCUCUUCCUCUACAUGCUUGCUAGUCAUGUGUUUGGUGCUUUCUGGUAUCUCUUCUCUAUCGAGCGCAAAACUGUGUGCUGGAAGCAAGCUUGGAACAGAGCCGGGAGGAGCAAAUGCGAUAUGCGGUCGUUGUAUUGUGCACGUGAACAUUAUGGAAACAACACUUUCCUGAAUGGAUCUUGUCCGGUUCUGAAACCAAACGCAACAUGUUUCGAGUUUGGGAUAUUCCUUGGCGCACUUGAGUCCGGUGUAGUGGAGUCUCAUGAUUUCCCUCAGAAGUUCUUCUACUGUUUCUGGUGGGGUCUUCAAAACCUCAGUUCGCUCGGGCAAAACCUUAAAACAAGUACAUACAUUUGGGAGAACUGUUUCGCUGUCUUCAUCUCUAUCUCCGGACUGGUUCUCUUCUCUUUCUUGAUCGGGAACAUGCAGACGUAUCUGCAAUCAACAACCACAAGGCUGGAGGAGAUGAGAGUCAAGAGAAGAGACGCUGAACAAUGGAUGUCUCACCGUUUGCUCCCCGACAAUCUAAGGAAAAGAAUCCGACGAUACGAGCAGUACAAAUGGCAAGAGACCAGAGGCGUUAACGAAGAGAAUCUCCUUAGUAACCUCCCUAAAGAUCUUAGACGCGACAUUAAACGCCAUCUCUGCCUCGCCCUUGUCAUGCGUGUCCCUAUGUUUGAGCAAAUGGACGAGCAGCUUCUUGAUGCUCUAUGUGACCGUCUGCAACCUGUGCUGUACACAGAGGAAAGCUACAUCGUCAGAGAAGGAGAUCCUGUAGAUGAGAUGCUCUUCAUAAUGCGUGGAAAGCUUCUAACAAUGACAACAAACGGUGGAAGAACCGGUUUCUUCAACUCAGAGCAUCUUGGAGCUGGUGAUUUCUGCGGAGAGGAGCUUCUAACCUGGGCUUUAGACCCACACACCUCCACAAACCUCCCAAUCUCAACAAGAACCGUUCAAGCUCUCGUGGAAGUCGAAGCCUUCGCACUCAAAGCAGAUAACCUCAAAUUCGUGGCGUCUCAGUUCAGACGUCUCCACAGCAAACAGCUGAGACAUACUUUCAGGUUCUACUCGCAGCAAUGGAGGACUUGGGCUGCUUGCUUCAUACAAGCCGCUUGGAGGAGACACGUGAAGAAGAGACUAGAGGAGUCUCUUAGAGAAGAAGAGAACCGGUUGCAGGACGCUUUGGCUAAACAAGCUUGUGGAAGCUCACCGAGCUUUGGUGCUACGAUGUACGCGUCACGGUUUGCUGCAAACAUCUUGAGGACUAUACGAAGGAGCGGUUCGGUGCGUAAACCGAGGAUGCUGGAACGAAUGCCACCUAUGCUACUACUUCAGAAACCAGCUGAACCGGAUUUCAAUAGUGAUGAUUAUAUGCGUAUAGUGCCAAUAUAUAAAAAUAGAAGUCUUUAAUAAUAAAAUAUUAAAGGGAGUGAGGUUUAGAGAUAUAAAAAGCCUCCUAUGAUGUUAUUAUUUCCUCUUUUACAGAGGUUUUAUAUAUGAUUGGAUAUAAUAAAACUGUUAAGGCA